AUAAAUGAAUCCCAUUCGUGUCUAUCCACUUAAAUUUACAAAUCAAGAUUCUAUUGCAAAUUCUCCUGGUCUUAAAAAGAAAGCUUAACCAUCUGAUCGUACAUACACUUUUCAAUUAAAGUAUCAUCAUAUUAGAAUUUAGUCCUCCUUCAUAAUAGAGUAGAAGUAAUUAGAAAAGACAUCCAACAGGAGGUAUGAAUAUAUAAGAUGAAAAAAUCAAGAUUGUAUAAAUACAGUUUUACUAUAUUAUCAUAGGUUACUUAAAAAAAAUUAUAAUUACUUUAACCAUCUAGCUAUUCCCCUAAAAAGAGAGUAAUUAGUAACAAUAAUGAUAAACCAUACAUCUUCAAAUUCUCAAAUUAAUCAAAUGAAGUAUAAUUAUUUUUAAAUCAUAUCAAAGCCAUUAUCCCCAACAAAAUUGCCAAAUUUGAAAAGAAGUGAAUCAACAAAUGCCCCUUAAGAACUUUAGGCUAGGAUUGAUCUAACCUAAUCUUAAAGAAGAAGUAAAAGAACCGAUGCUAGUAAUACAGACAACACUCCAUAAGUACAUUCAUAAAAUUUAUAGUUAAGAAUAAAACUUCAUUUCUUAAAUUGUAUUAGGAUUCUUCCCCAAAAUUACGUUCCAUUUAGAGUAGGGUUAGUUCAUAAGCUAUUGUAUAAGACAUAAAAAUAAAGCCUAAGAUGCCUUAAUAAAUGAUUAUGUUACAUGGAAGAUCAACUAGUCAAGCUGCACUUGUCAAUUCUAAUGCAACAGAAGAUGAUGAACUAUAAGAUUUUGUUUAAUUGUUUCUAUCUAAGUAUGUUAGAUAAUAAUUUAUAAUUAAGAACUUAAGCAGGUCAAAAUGGAAAUAAAUAAACGAAAACAAAUCAAGAUUCAAUUAUUAUCUCGAAUAAUUUUGGAGGCAUAAAAAAUAGGUAUAAAAAUUAGUAAAUUUUAGAUAUUUAUUCUCAGUUUGUGAUGGUCAUGGAGUAUAUGGACAUUAUGUUUCUUAAUUAAUUAAAAGAGUUUUACCUACAAUAAUAGAUUAAUAAUUGAAAAUAUUUAUUGGGAAAUAGGAAAUAGAUAUUGGUGAAGAUUUAUAUUCAGAAGUAGAGAAAUGCUUUUAAAGUAGUUAUUAAAAAAUGACUAAAGAUUUGGUAUAUAUUUAAUAAUAUAGAAUUAGUCAUCUUGUGGAAUUGAUAUAGCAUUUAGUGGAUCUACUUGUUCAACUGUAUUUGUUUCAGGAAAUAAUUUAUGGUGUGCUAAUAUUGGAGAUUCAAGAUCUGUAUAAUAUUGUUAUUUAAAAUAAAUAGAUAUUUAUUGAAUAGAAUGGAGAUUGCAACAAAUGGAAAAUUGUUGAAUUAAGUAAUGAUCAUAAACCUGAUUUACCAAUUGAAAAGAAAAGGAUUUUAGCAAGUAAAGGACGUGUAUAACCAUUUGUGGCUGAGAAUGGUUAAAAUAUUGGACCAGCUAGAGUAUGGUUGAUGCAUGAGCAAAUUCCAGGAUUAGCAAUGAGUAGAUCUUUUGGUGAUUAUGUUGCAUCUACAGUUGGUGUAAUAUCAGAUCCAGAAUUAAUUUAUCACAAAAUGACAUCAAAAUGUGGAUUUUUGGUUGUAGCUAGUGAUGGUGUAUGGGAAUUUUUAAACAAUGAUGAAAUUCAACAUAUUAUUUGCAGUUAUUGGAGUCCUUAAAUGAAUGCUAAAAAAAUUGAUGAAAUGGUAGAAAGUAUUAUAAGAGAAUCUACUAGAAGAUGGCAAGAAGAGGAUGAUGUGGUUGAUGAUAUUUCAAUAAUUAUUGCAUAUUUCUCUUGA